ACCAAUGGGGACUCAGCUUAUCCCCUUCCUUAAACUUGCAGCUCCACCUUUCACUUCACUCCCUCUUCUCAACCUUAACAAAACCUUAAACACCACCAGGUCUGCGAACACCAACAUCGUACGCUGCAGUUCCACUGGGUCCAGCCAGACAGGUGGACAGUUCAGAUUCGAUUCUCAGAACUCCGACGACGUUGAUGAUGAGUUCGAGUUCAGCAGCAGCCGGAAGCAGAGGAUCUGGUGGUCUGAUUUCGAUGAUUACGAUGAUGUCUGGGACCUUGAUGAGGAUGAUGAGUUCUGGGUUUUUAAGGUAUUUAGAGCUUUUGGUUGGAUGGUACCGGCCAUUGCCAUAUCGUUGUUGCUGGGAUCAGGCCCGAAUGCUUUUAUCAUGGCAUUAGCAGUUCCACUAGGGCAGUCAGCGCUUUCCCUUGUGUUUGAUAAGGUUUCAAGAAGGACGAGUAAGAGAUGGAAAUCCACAUCCAGCCCCAAGGCCAAGAAGAAACAUUCUACAAGGGCUCCUAAAAGUGUGAGAACAAACAAGAGAAAACAAGAAGCAAAUAGGAAUGGUGGAGAGAAGGCAACUUAUAGCUCCUGGUUGAAUAUGGAUGGUGAUUUACAUGAUAAGGGUGCCAAGAGAGGCCCCAAGUUUGGUGGAUGGGAUCAACUGGAUGAUCAAGUGGAGACCCAAAAGAGGGCACCAAGUCAAAAGGGAAAUGGACUACCAAAGCAACAAAAGAAGGGUAAAUUUGGUAGGAUAGGGAGAGUCAGAGAUACACCCUUGCUGCUGAGGGUGUUGAUUGCCGUUUUUCCAUUCUUGGGCUCUUGGACUAGGUUCCUAUUUUGAUUUUCUGCCCACUAGAAAUUACACGGUCCCGUUAGAUGGAAAGAAGAAGCAUGAACUUUUCAUGUCUAUGUUGCUGCUGCUUAGACGCAUUAAGUGCUGAUUUGAUGCUGCAAGUAACUUUGGAAAGCAAAGUAAGAUAAGUCAGUAAUGUCUUCCAGUAACAUUUUCAUGCACAUAUCUUGCUUCGUAUCCUUUUAUGGGCCAUGUCCAAACUUGUUCUCCAUCUCCUAGCUAGAAGAUGAAACCUUAUAACCAUAUAUCGGCAGUAUAAUACACUUUCAUUUGUCUUCCUCCCCUCCCUUCGUUUUGGUGAGAAGAGUGGGGAACCCUGGGCGGGGAUAGGAGGUCUUCAAACGUAAUCAUUGGCUUCAAUAGCCAUUGACCCAUUCCUGCCUGAAUGUACAAGAGCAGGAGCUUCUUCUACAUGUAUUGACACUGAGUGGGCUCCUUCAAAUUUUCAUAUUGAAGUGCAUCUUCCUCUUCUAAACAGAGUCCUCUCUCCAGUCCACUGAUCUUUGGGCGCAGAAUCCAUAUAAACUUGUUUAAAAUCAGGUUGAGCAAACAACACUGCAAAAGGAUUAUGUUCUUGGGCUUCUUUACAUCUAUGGGUUCUGUCCUAGCUGAUGAUUCAUGAA